AUGGCAAGCGAACGUGGUCUCACAUUUGUUAAUGCUUCAAACCUCGAUGAAUUUCGAAAUGAACACGUUCGCCGCAUCGUGCGGAGACGCGUGAUGCGCGAUAUUGGCAGAGCGCGUCGGAAACAAAAGCAUCCCGCUGUGGUCACUUUCGUCUGGCAACAACUGAUUGCUUCGACUGCGCCGGUUUCUCUCAGAAAACCAUGUUUGGAUUCUCAUCAGCUGCCAUUUGAUACAGACCCUCGCGCCCGCGAGCUCAUUCAUUUCAUGAAUUCCGAGGCCGAAUAUAAAUACCGGCCAUUUCGGAAAAUCUGGUUUUCCAUGGCGCUGACCGACCAGAGCGCGUUCACCCUAUGUAUGGCCAAUGCUGCUAUGUUCCUUGAGCAGACCCGACACCCGGAAACCUUCCGGUAUGAACGCUGCGAAGAGACUUUGAGAUAUUAUGGCCGAUGUGUCGAGCAGGUGACGGAUCGAUUGUCAGAUCCAGUGGAUAGUACGAGCGAGGGGAUCCUCACUACUAUCCUUGGUCUGAUAUGCCACGAUCUAUACGUCGGCACACUUUCUCGCUGGGAAUAUCAUAUUCGUGGACUCGCUGAAAUAGUCAGGAUACGAGGUGGGAUUCACGAUCUGCCUCCCAACAUCCAGCUAUUCGCUUGUUGGUUUGAUGUCUUGGGAUCGGUGGUUCAGGACCUGCCACCACGAUUGCCAGGAUUUUCUGCUCUUUUAGAGCGUUCCUUCAAGUCUGCCGGUCAGCAACCUCGAUUAUUGAGAGAUACAAUCAAAGAGAUCAGAACAUCACCCAUCGCUAUCAGUAUCCUGGUACCGGUACUCGAAAAGGCGGUAGACCUAUUCAACUUUGUUAACAACCAAUACCUUCAACGAGGAUUCUGGAAAGCCGAAGAUGACACAAGUCCAGUAGAGCUCAUUGGUACUCUCACCCAUGAGCUGCUUGCAUUGCCGCGCGCAGACUACUCAAAGUCGAACGGAUACGAAGUUGUUCGUGAAAUGACCCGUCUUGCGCUGCUAAUCCUCCUCUCAGGACUGAAAGCAAGCUAUGGCUUCAGUGCAGUUGAGAUGACAGCACUCCAAAAAAAGUUUUCUUGGCUCACUCUUGAAAUUAGAAAGCUUCACGAGGCUCUCCCAUUUCAGCGCCUACAGCUGUGGUGUUUCCUCGUUGCGGCCAUUCUCCAUCCGGUGGGCACAAAGAGGAGUCUAUACCUGGAGCAGAUCUCUUUACGAAUGACUUCUAUGAAUGUUCCCAAUGGAUAUGGUGCCAUCCAGGCUGCACGAGAUCUGUUAUGGAUUGAAGUUCUUGCAUCAGGAGACGAGAUCACGUCUCUCGUCUCCGAUAUUGACAAUUACAACUCGGGCAAAGACUGGCGGUUCUUUACUUAA